AUGUCCCACCCAACCCCCCUCACCACCACAAUCGCCAACCCCCGCCUGCGCCUGCUCAACAAACUCCGCCGCAAUGAAUACCCCCUCAUGACAUUCAUGGCCCUCCCCAGCGUGCGCAUCGCCCAGAUCCUCUCCCUCACCGGCCUCGACGGCAUAAUCAUCGACUGCGAGCACGGCCACAUCUCCGACGACAGCAUGCACAACGCCGUCUCCGCAAUCUCCGCGCUAGGCGUCUCCCCCAUAAUCCGCAUCCGCGGAACAGCGCACGACAUCAUCAAGCGCGCGCUCGACACAGGCGCGCACGGGAUCAUGGUCCCGCAGAUCAACAACGCGGAUGAAGCGCGGCAGAUCGUGGCGAGCUCGAAGUUCCCGCCGCAGGGGGUGCGGGGGCAGGGGUCUGCGUUUCCGGCGAUUGGACAUGGAUUGACGACGCCGGAGUAUAUGCUCUCUGCGAACGAGACGAUUAUCACGAUGAUUCAGAUUGAGACGAGGGAGGGGGUGGAGAACGUCGAGGAGAUUUGUCAGGUUGAGGGGGUGGAUAUGGUGUUUGUUGGGCCGAAUGAUCUGGCGAUGAGUCUGUUGGGGUAUGUUCCUGCGAGAGGGGACGAGCCGGUGUUUGUGGAUGCGGUCGAGAGGGUUGUUGCUGCGGCGAGGAGGUAUGGGAAGUGGGCUGGCAGGAUGGUGAAUGAUGGGGCUGUUGCGAGGAGUGUGAGGGGGAGGUUUGAUACUGUGGCUGUUACGGGGGAUACGAAGGCGAUUACGAAUUGGUAUACGAAGGAGUUUGAGAUUGCACGGUCGUAG